AUGUCUGAACCAAAAAAGAAAAGUAAAAAGAAGAAAAUUCAUGUUUUCACGAAAAAAACCAAGAGAAAGGAAAAGGACCCAGAGACACUGAUUAUUGAGAAGCUUCAGGCCAGAUAUGAAACUAUUGACCCCAGUCAGAUAACAAAAUUUGGAGAAUUUCCUCUAUCUGCUAAAACCUUGAAAGGCCUGCGGGAAUGUGGCUAUAAUAAGCCAACUGAAAUCCAGAAAGAAACCAUUGGUUUAGCCCUUCAAGGCAAAGACAUUCUAGGUGCUGCUCAAACUGGUUCAGGAAAAACACUAGCUUUCCUCAUACCUCUAUUGGAAAAGCUAUUUGUCAAACAGUGGACAAGAUUAGAUGGGUUAGGAGCUCUUGUAAUCACUCCUACAAGAGAGCUGGCAUAUCAGAUCUUUGAGACUUUACGUAAAGUAGGAGAACAUCAUGAUUUCUCAGCUGGUUUGAUAAUUGGGGGCAAAGAUUUGAAAUUUGAAAGAAACCGCAUGGACCAGUGUAAUAUCAUUAUUUGCACCCCAGGGAGGCUUCUGCAACAUAUGGAUGAAAACCCUUUAUUUGACUGUGUAAAUAUGCAGAUUUUAGUACUGGAUGAGGCUGACAGGUGCCUAGACAUGGGUUUCCAACAAACAAUGAAUGCUGUUAUUGCAAAUUUGCCCCCUAAGAGGCAGACUUUACUAUUCUCUGCUACACAAACAAAAUCUGUGAAAGAUCUUGCUAGGCUGAGUUUGAAAGAUCCUUCUUAUAUAAGUGUUCAUGAACAUUCUGAGUUCAGCACCCCAAAAGAGCUGUCACAGAGUUAUGUUGUUUGUGAAUUGGAAGACAAAGUAUCUAUCCUUUGGAGUUUUAUUAAAAAUCAUCCAAAUAAGAAGAUUAUUAUAUUUUUUUCUAGCUGUAAGCAGGUUAAGUAUAUGUAUGAAAUAUUCUGCAAGUUGCGACCAGGCACUAGCCUCAUGGCCCUUUAUGGCACCCUGCACCAGCUGCGCCGCAUGGACAUAUACGAAAAUUUCUGCAGGAAACACUCGGCCAUCCUCUUCGCCACAGACCUCGCCGCCAGAGGGCUCGACUUCCCCGAGGUGCACUGGGUGGUGCAGGCGGACUGCCCCGAGGAUCCGGCCACGUAUAUACACAGGGUGGGCAGGACUGCGAGGUACCAGAGGGGCGGGGAGAGUUUGUUGUUGCUGUUGCCAGGAGAGGUCGCUAUGGUGGACAAGCUGGUGGAGAAGAAAAUUCCUGUGCAGCAGAUCGAGAUAAAUCCGAACCGACUCAACAAUCCCGUGAGAAAAAUGGAAGCCUACCUCGCCAAAGAUCCUUCAUUGAAGGACUCUGCUCAAAGAGCUUUCGUUUCCUAUGCGAAGGCAGUAUUUUUAAUGAAAGAUAAAGAAGUUUUCGACGUUCACUCUUUGAACACAGAUAGCUACGCUAAAUCGCUGGGUCUAGCCAUUCCACCUAGGAUAAGGUUUUUGCAGAGAAUGAACUCCAAAAUAGAGGGUAGCAAAAACACGAGUACCCUCGGGGUGAAUCCAAAUAAAAAGAAAUACUUCGACGAUAGCGAAGAAGAUAACGAAAAAGUACAAGUUAAAAAGGAAUCCGAGGACAGCGGAGUUAGCGAAGAGGAGCAACAGGCGCCUUUCCAAUUGACAGAUGACAGCGACAACGAAGACAUCUUCCGAGUGAAGAGGAAAGACCACGACAUCGAAUUGCCCACGGAAAAGGAACUGGCCGAUCUGGAUUUGGGCAGGAACAAGGGCAAGAAAGCGAUCACCAAAGCGGCUGCGGCCAAGAAGAUCCUGAAGAAGAAGAUCGUGCCCAACAAGAAGACCGUCUUCGAUGAAGAGGGGGAGGUUGUGCUCGGUAACAAGGAGAAGAAGUCCGAGAUGGCGUUGCAGUACGAGAACGAGGACGAAGGGGGGAUCGAUAUUGAGAAGGCCAAGAUGGUACUCAGAGAGGAAGACAGGUUCGAUAAGCAGCUGUUCAAGCAGAAAGUGAAGGCCAAGCACAAGGAGGAGAAGAGCAGGAACGGGAACAGAAUCAGGCGAAGAGGAAAUCGAAGAAAAGUAAAGAAAAGGGCCAAAAAAGGAAGUUGAAAGAAAGUGAAGAAAAAUUAAUUCCUGUGAGAUUGAAGAGAAAGAAACAAAAGAUAGAACAGAUAAGCUCUUCACUUUCAAUAAAUGAAGCAGAGGAACUUGCAUUGAUGUUAUUGAAACAUAAUUAG